GGCGGUUCCCGUUUGAGUUGGUCGACAGAAACUUCGAGAGAACAGUGGCCCAUGUCGAGGCUGGAGGAAGGACGAAGCUACAAGAUACGUGGUGUGAGUUGAUUUCAUGGAGUAAAAUGAAAAGUCCUUCUAGUCAUGGAUACAGAGAAUCCGUUUCUGUCUUUCAUCAAAUCAAGUCUUCCUAAACUGAGAGACCCUGAACCUUUCCUUGAGCAUCUGCAAGAUUUAGGAGUUGAGGACCUGCAGGACCUGAGCUACCUGCAGGAGAGUGACCUCCUUUCUGUCCUGAGACCAGUUGAAUUCAGGAAACUUCUGUCACUGCUCAAAAAGACAAGCCAACAAGAUGUCUUGGACAGUCCUCCAAGCAACCAGAGCAACGAACAGUUCAGCACAGCCAGUACCAGUGCAAGUCCAGUAACACAGUCUGACGAGAUGCCCCUUUCUGGUGGUUACAGCUCAGCAACUGCAAGUUCACCGCGGUCAACAAGUAGUUCAAGUAUGGAUAUCACACCUCGUCGACUGUCUGACAACAGUUGGCAUUUUAAAUUUCAAAUUCCUUGGCAGAAAAUUCCAUCUGAGAUCAUCAGAAAGCUGGAAACAAGAAAGUGGCCAACAAAAAGUAAGAGACUUGAAAUCAUACGGCUCAUUGUCAGUGAAAUCUUAACCGUGUGCCCAACACUUGGGAAGAAACAUAUCAGUGAGAUAGCAAGGAAGAUGACAAAGGCCUACCCUGUGGCAUUUACUGAUGUCAUUGAAGGUGAAGUUGUAGGCAGUGGGUAUGACUCACUCACCAAACAGAUGGUCAGCAGAGUGGAUAACCUGAAGAGAGGAAACACUUCACUUUCCUUAAAGAGACAAGUUAUUAGCAGCAGUGAAGGAGAGGAUACCCCACCUCAGAAAAGAAGACUAGACACUUAUGGGUGUAUAAACUGGCAAGCAACACAGCUGCCACCUGAUGAAACUCCUGAAUCCCAGAAACAUGCACAAGAAGAGUUAAAAAAAUAUGUGGAGAGAAAGAUGCUGUGA